GAGCGCGAGAAGCCGAAGGCGCGCCAUGGCCUCGGCGUCGGGGGGCAGCGGCGCCUCGGAGGAGCUGAAGCAGCAGCUGCUGAUCGGCCAGUUCGUGGUGGCCGCCGGCUGCGCCGCCGACCAAGCCCGGCAGCUCCUGCAGGCCGCCCACUGGCAGUACGAGACAGCCCUCAGCACGUUCUUCCAAGAAUCCGGCAUCCCCUACAGCCAUCCCCAUCACCAGAUGAUGUGCACGCCUGCCAACACACCUGCCACUCCGCCCAGCUUUCCCGAAGCCCUCGCCAUGUUCUCCCGCCUCAAGGCCUCGGAGCCAGCCGCCUCUCCUCCCCUUCCGCCACCCCCACUGCCCCAGCAUCCCGGAGCCUUUCCCUGGCCGGCCUGCUCCCUGCCUGGGCAGCCGGGCGCAUGGACUGCCAGCCACCCUCUGCAGCCGGCAGGCUGGCCUGGCAGCCUCUCCCAGCAAGGCAGCUCCGAGCCAAAGACCAGUGCCACGCUGGAGGCCGAGAGAUGAGGAGACAAGGGCCACACAGCAGAUGCAGGGUGAGACCCACAACGCUUCAGAGACACGGACAGAGAAGCCCCUGACAGCCCAGGGGGGUUGCUUGACUCUGGAGUUUGGGGGCACCAGGCCUAGCUGCAAGGGGGAGGCUGGUGCCAAGGUCUCUGUGUGGGUGAUGUGUUUGAGACGCACUCAGAGCAAGGUGGACAGAGAGAGUUCUGCUUCCCCACUCCGGUGCCUUUCCUGUAUGCGGGGGGGGGGGGGUUGGACUUUGCAGGCUUUUCCUGGAGGAAACCCGCCCCUGUUGGGCUCCCAGCAGUUCACUUCUCUCCUGUCUCUGCCACCUCAGCUCUGCCCAAGGUGGGCGUUGCCACCCAUGGACCAAACCGCAUGCUCAGAUUUCAACUGCCCCCCAUGGAAAAGUGGUGGUGGUGGUUGGGGUUUUGCUUUUGUUCUGGUUUAAUAAUCUGCCAUUUUUAAAAAAGGAUUAAAUUUCUUUUCCGGA